CACCACAACCGGCAAAUGUAAACCAAGCGGCUUACAUCGGUUACAUCGAACUUUUUUAUCAAAUAAGUGGAGUUACUCGUGAAACGGCAUAUUAGAAGUUCCAGGAGGGACGAGAAAAAGCCAAGCAUUUUAAAAUUAUUAUAAAGGUGGUACAUGAGACGGUAAAAAUGCAACGAAACGCUACCAAAGAUCAGCAAGAUAAUUCAAUAAAUUCCGACACUACCACCCCAAAUUCGGAUGAGAGUAAGCAACCACCUCGUCGAGGGAGACCACGGAAGCUGGGCAAACAAAAAAUUUCGCACUCCAUUGUUUCAACAGGCAAAGGACGUGGCCGCCCCAAAAAACAACAUGCUUCAACUGACAAAUUGGGAAAUGAUGCGGUAAACGAUAUUAAAGGAAGACCAACACCUAUUCUCCCAACCAAACGUGGUCGUCCAAGAAAGGAGAAGGUUUACAGCGAUAGUGAAAAUUCAUCAUACCAUGAGAAACCAGAUUAUGAAGAACGUCGCCCAGUAGGCAGACCGUCCACUGGCGCAGUGAAUUUGAAUAUUGUUCGUACGGGUCGCGGUCAGGGUAGGCCAAAAAAAUCAAAGCAACCUAUUCGUCCUAUAGCGAUACCUGCACAAUCUAAUGCUAAUCAACCGAUUAGAAAACGUGGUCGACCAAGCAAAGGUGGAGUACCCUAUGAACGCACAGGUAAACCACGUGGACGUCCUAAGCUUCUUAAUACAACCCUAAAUACCAGUGGUGGCCAGAACCAGGAGGAGAAAAAUUAGAAGUACUGCCGCUAUACAAAGGCGUAAUGGGAAGCCAAGUCGCCUGUCAGCUAUAUUAGAAUGCAACUUUUGAGCACACUGGCGAGCUUCAAAAUGAUGUACGAUUUGACCUGACGGAUAAAUAGACCUGAUAUAACACAUUUUUUCAACUUUAACACCCUAUUGUCGGGGGAACAACCGCCACCUAUCAAACCAAUGAGUACCUCUUUAGGCUCUCACAAUAUAUUUUAUUAAAAGCCAGUUAAGCUUUUAAUUUCCUAAUAUAGACAUACCAAACGACAUUUUUUAUUUGUUACGCGAAUUUGAAGUUUCCAUAUUUUCAAUUGGAUUUGAUUUUAUCGCUAUAGCCCUUGAUGCUCCGGCUUUGCAGGUUUUUCCAUAACCAAAAGAUAUAUGUAUAUGUACAUAUUUCAUUCGCAUUGAUUUAUUUUUUUGCACUAAUUUUUCGCGUAACUCAUUUUGUUUAAAUGUUUUUUUUUCAUGAUAUUCUUUCUUAUUUGUUUAAUGUAAAAUUCCGAAAAAUAUACUAAACUUAUAAAAUAUUUUUUGAAGGUUGAAGCAGAAAGAAAAAAAAAAAACUUUAACUGCAAUGUCUGCCUACUGAAAAUAAUGUCAUUACUAGUUGGCACUUUAUAUCAUUACACGUUUAAAAUGUCAAAACAUGUAAACAAACAAAUUAAAAUGGGUAAACUAAUUUUUAAAUUGACAUUAUAAUAUGUUUCUUAUCAGAACACUACAAAUUCAAUCAAUCUUUUAUCACUUAAAUACAUUUUAGUCAAAAGCAAAGUGUAUUAAUAAAGUGCCAGAUAACUCGUAUGUACCCUUAAGUAACCUCAUUUGGGCAAAUAAAAAUAAAAAUGUAUUUUUUAA